AAACACUUUUGCGUCAGUUCCUUCAAGUGUUUUUUCUAGAAUCUUUGCUUUGCUCGGGCAACCUGAAAGUAGAUUAAGCGAUUCAUUUUUCCUGCUUUGUUUGCUUCCACUGUAAACUUGGAGGACCUGUAGUGAGAGCAGAUAUGUCGCACACAAUUUUGCUUGUCCAGCCGACCAAGAGACCAGAGGGCCGCACAUAUGCGGACUACGAGUCGGUAAACGAAUGCAUGGAAGGUGUUUGCAAAAUGUAUGAAGAGCAUCUGAAAAGGAUGAAUCCAAACAGUCCAUCCAUUACUUACGACAUUAGUCAGCUGUUUGACUUCAUCGAUGACCUGGCAGAUCUGAGCUGUCUUGUGUACAGAGCUGACACGCAGACAUACCAACCUUACAACAAAGACUGGAUUAAAGAGAAGAUAUAUGUCCUGCUGCGGCGCCAGGCUCAGCAAGCGGCAAAGUAAAAGCAUGUUUGACAUGUUGUCCUUCUACAUGCACCUGAAAAACCCCUGUAUUGCAGAGUGCUUCAGAUAUGUGUACAAGGACAACACCCUCGUGGUGGCAAGGGUUUCAUUGUAAAUUGUGUAUACAUUGGAAAAUGUGGUGGGGGGGUGAUAAAAACAUUUCAGGGCUGUAUAUUGACAAUUUGCUAUGCCUAGGAUCUUUUUUGUCAUUCCAUUACAUGCAUUUCCAAUUUGUUACACAUUGAGAAUUGGGGUAAUGGCUGGAGGGAUAACUUCUCUCUUCAGUACCUGCCUUUGGAAAUGUUUUACAUUAUGGCUAGAUGGUUUGUUUCUGGAUUCACUGCUGGCUUUACAUGCAGGUGAUUUACGUCUGAAUUAGAGUAAAGUGAAAACAUUCAUAAGGUUAUUAUUUCUCAUUUCAUUUUUUUAUUGCCAUUAUGGUAGAAAUAGUUUUUUUUUUAAUCUUUUGUUUUAUGUAAAUGUCGGACUUUUUAAAUUCUUGUCUGUUAUCUUUGAGUUAAACAAAAUAAACGGUUGUUUUCUGAC